AUGGAUUCGGGAACUUAUGAUAUCAUUUAUUCCUAUGGAGUGCUUCACUGGGUUCAGAAUAAAGAAGAGGCUUUCACGAACAUGUUCAGAGGUCUCAAACCAGCGGGAAAAAUCGCCGCGGUGUAUGGCGAGCACUUGCCCACUUUCUUUGUCCGCGGUUUUCGCGAGCUCAAUGCAGAAAAUUGGGACCGUCUGCUUGAUAUGUUUAAGUUUGAGUCUAUGGCAGAAAUCGAGCGAAUAUGUGCAGCUGCUGGAUUUAGCAUUCUAAAAAGCUGCCAUAUUCAAAGUCCACUUCUCGAGUUUGAGAGUGCCGACGGCCUUCGUUCUUUUUUCUGGUCUGCUACACAUGGCGUGUUUGAUCGGCAGCUUGCCACGGAUACAAGGCUGGCAAGAUUC